CCUUCAACCCGUGCCAUGACGAAAUUACUCGGCGGAACGACAACUUGGAGCGAGUUUGGCAUCGAUCAGCAACCAAAUCACCGCCGCGAUGACGAGUUCACGGGCCACAACGACAUCAUUCAUCCACGUCAUGGAGCCGCACUGGCUGCUUGGAGAGAUUCCCAAGCAGGAGCGAUGGACACUUGAAGGCGACGAAUUGACGACCGCAGGCAAGAAAACCAUGAAGCAUCGCGUCACGGAGGGCAGUGUAUGGCACGACAAAGCGCUGGGUAUUCAAAUGUGCACGGAGGACGGUUUGUGGUUGCGUGGCACUGCGACAACGAGGUCUCAGUGGGCCAUGUGGUUGCAAGCCUUUCACGCACUGUCCCCGCCCAUGACGGCCGAACCGUCGCCGUCCCGCGUCCAGUUUAGCAAUCAAGUGCGAGUCCGGCGAAUUCCUUCCGUCACGGAGGAGGACGCGCCACACCUGUACUACAAUUCGGUGGAAAUGGCGACCAUGUCGAAAGCCAUGUAUGUCUGAGCAAUUUCCCCAAGUCCAGUGGCCGCAAGAGCGCUCUCGAACGAGCACUUGCGUCAAACCCGGCCCCAGGGUAUCCUUCCACCACCAGUGUCGAUGCGCGGCAUGAUCGAUCGCAUGCGCUCGACGAAGAAGCGUGGCAUCCCUGCCGAUAUUAAAGCGCGAGUCCCACGGCGAGUCCACGCAAGCCCAGGCAUCAUGGCAUUCGUAGUCGCACCCCGUGCGAGCAGUAGGUCGAACCGCUCGAUCUUACGCGAGUUUUUCAUGUUUGCUGGUGGUUGGUCGUUGCCUGGUUAACCUCCUCGUCUUACACUUUGAUGGGCAUCGCGAUCGGACCCUCCACAAAAGCAGCGAAUUGGGGCGAAUUCUGUGGCAGAAAGGCCCUCCCCUGGCGGAACUUGAAGCUGGUCGUG